GAAGUUAUCGGGGCGACAGCGUCGUUAGCAUUUUGCGAGCGGCAAAGUGAAUUUAUAAUUCUCGUGCGGAUGUUUAGCCAGAUUUAAUCCUCAAAUAAUAUGAAGAAAAAUAAGCCGCUGCUGCACGACCACCUGAUAACGAUCCGAGUGAAGAAGUACCUCGAGGAACACAUUGGGGAAACAUACCUGGAUGUGAAGCAGAUGACCCGGGAGUUGAUGCAAAAGUACCCGGAGUAUUCGCGUCGCAAAUUCGGUCCCUUCAGGCAAUUGGUGCACCAAGCCUUUUCCAUCAUCUCGGAUAGCUACAAUUUGGACAAGGUUAGCAGCUCGGAGGACGAGUGCGUCAGCGAGGAAUUCGAGGCCCCACCGGUCAAUAGUGUCAUGAACAAUAUGAUGAACAGCCUGUAUUCACAGCCGUUGAAACCACUGGCUGCAAAGCCAAUCAGCGAACCCAUCGACAUAUCCAGUGGAGACGACAACGACGAUGACUCCAAUACCAAAACCACCAAUGGCGAAGUUCCAACUCCUGCUCCACCGUCAGCUCAGCCCAAUGCGCUGAAGCGUCUAAUGGAAGAGUUGCCAGAGUCCACGGUGGUAGCCAAGAAAUCAGCUAAGCCGAAUUCUACUCAAGGCGGUUGUCCGGACUCGGCCCACAAAUAUCUGGCAAGUGGUCCCAGAGGCAAAAAACCCUCUGAGGACUCCGGACCACGCAAGGACCAUCGUAAUGCGCCCGGCUUGUAUCAACAACUGCAUCAAAAUCAAAAUCAAAACCUAAAUCGUGAUCGCCCACGGAAGUACAAGAAGGAGCUGGAUGUGCAGCACACCACCGAGAGUUUCCGCGACAUCGGAGGCAUGGAUAGCACUCUCAAGGAGUUAUGCGAGAUGCUUAUCCACAUUAAGUCGCCAGAGUUUUAUUUUCAAUUGGGACUGCUGCCCUCACGGGGUCUUUUGUUACAUGGUCCGCCUGGAUGUGGUAAAACUUUUCUAGCUCGUGCCAUCAGUGGGCAAUUGAAAAUGCCCCUGCUGGAAGUGCCGGCCACCGAACUAAUUGGCGGCAUUUCUGGUGAGUCAGAGCAGCGUAUUCGGGAGGUCUUCGACCAGGCCAUAGGAUACUCGCCCUGCGUGCUGUUCAUUGACGAGAUCGACGCCAUCGGGGGCAAUCGUCAGUGGGCAGCAAAGGAUAUGGAGCGUCGCAUUGUGUCACAACUGAUCAGCAGCUUGGAUAACCUCAAGACCAACGAGUUUGGUCAGUCUGUGGUCGUCAUAGGCGCCACCACGCGUCCCGAUGUCUUGGAUCCUGGUCUACGACGCGUCGGUCGCUUCGAUCACGAAAUUGCCAUACACAUUCCAUCGCGCAAGGAACGCCGAGAGAUUCUGCGCAUCCAGUGCGAGGGAUUAUCCGUCGACCCGAAACUUAAUUACGAUAAGAUUGCUGAGCUAACACCUGGUUACGUGGGCGCUGAUCUGAUGGCUCUAGUUAGCCGCGCUGCUUCCGUAGCGGUUAAGCGUAGGUCGAUGAAAAAGUUCCGCGAACUGCACGCUGCCAGUGAGAAGAAUAUGACAACCGUGACCUUGGAUGACGAUGAGCCCAUCGAGGAGCCAAGCGAUAAAGCUGAAAAAGAAGCAGAGGCUAAAUCUAAACCUGAUAAAAACCCUGAAAAAGAAGAUGAGGCAGUUGCAAAAGAUGAUGGCGAGAAGAAUCCAACCGAAAAGGACAAAGAAGCGAAGGAGGUUACUAAAGAUGAUGGCGACAAGAACCCAACCAAGGAGGAGACAACUAAAGAGGAUAAAUCCAAACCUGAAACUCCCAAGAAAGAGACUAAUGGCAAGUCACCUCAAAAAUCCAAGGAUACCGCCAUGGAAGUUGAUGAAGAAGCUUUGAAAACACCUGAAAAGCCGGAGAAACCCAAAGAGCAGACAGCAGACUCCUCCAAUAACGAAUACUACGAGCCCACACUGGCCGAGCUAACCAACUUUCUGGACAAUCCACCCGAGGAGUUCGCCGAUCCGAAUUUCUGCCUCACUCUCAUCGAUUUCGUAGACGCCAUCAAGGUGAUGCAGCCGUCAGCAAAACGCGAGGGCUUUGUGACGGUGCCGGACACCACUUGGGAUGACAUUGGAGCCUUGCAAGACAUUCGCGAUGAACUGAAGCUGGCUGUCCUAGCGCCCGUUAAGUAUCCUGAGAUGCUUGACAGGCUUGGAUUGAAUGCCCCCUCGGGCGUUCUGCUCUGCGGUCCACCGGGUUGUGGUAAAACUCUCCUUGCCAAGGCAAUUGCCAAUGAGGCCGGCAUUAACUUUAUAUCGGUGAAGGGUCCCGAGCUGAUGAACAUGUAUGUUGGAGAGAGCGAGCGCGCUGUGCGUGCUUGCUUCCAACGAGCUCGCAACUCUGCACCCUGCGUCAUCUUCUUUGACGAGUUCGACUCCUUGUGCCCCAAGCGAUCCGAUGGUGGCGAUGGCAACAAUUCCGGAACCCGCAUUGUCAAUCAGCUGCUGACGGAGAUGGAUGGUGUUGAAGAGCGCAAGGGUGUUUACAUCCUGGCGGCGACCAACAGACCGGACAUAAUUGAUCCGGCAAUCCUGCGACCGGGUCGAUUGGACACCAUUCUGUACGUCGGUCUGCCUGAGAAGAGCGAGCGUGCAGAGAUUCUUAAGGCCACCACCAAGAAUGGAAAGCGUCCUGUGCUGGCCGAGGAUGUGGAUCUGGACGAGAUUGCUGCACAAACUGAAGGCUAUACUGGUGCAGAUCUGGCAGGACUGGUUAAGCAGGCCUCUAUGUACUCACUGCGCCAAUCCCUUAAUAAUGGUGACACUAAACUCGAUGAUCUUUGCGUACGCAGCCAACAUUUCAAAGAAGCUCUGCAGCAGCUGCGUCCCUCAGUUAGCGAAAAAGAUCGCAAAAUAUACGAUAAACUGCGCAUGAAAUACGCAGCACCUAGGGUACCCACCUUUGAUGAUAAGUAACUCUCUCAACAGAAAUGGAUUUGUUGUUUUAGUCGAUAGGCGCACCCGCAAACCAAAAAGAAUGUGAAUUGCGAGGAUUAACGAAUAAUUUUCAAUACAUUAAAUGUAAUGUUACUCGGAAACUGGAGUAUUUCUUUGAUAUGUGAGCCUUUCUAAAAAGCGAAAUGUAUUUCUUUUUAUUUUAUACAGCGGAAGGGUUUAAGUUUCCAUUAAAGAUAUCAAUUGUAAACUAA